UUUCCUCUGACCUCUGAGAGUUUGCGCGGGAUAACCUCAAAAAAAUGUCUGAAGAUACAGCUGAGACAGUGAGUGAAAUUAAGACUCAGAAGGAUUUGGAGGCCUUCCUGGGGACAUGGGACAAUUCCGGGAAUACUGUUUUCUUCUCCAAGAUCCCUGAGAACUGCCUGAACACACCAUGUGUCCUGGGAAUUGACGAAGCAGGAAGGGGACCAGUUCUCGGACCCCUGGUCUAUGGGAUAAGCUUCUGUGCGAUGAGCAACACUGAAGUGCUGAAAGAUCUUGGUUGUGCAGACUCAAAACAACUCACUGAGGAGAAACGGGAGAGCAUUUUCUGGGACAUAAACUCCCGGAAAGCUGCCCUUGACAAUAUGGGCUGGGCUGUAGAGCUCAUCAGUCCAAAUUACAUCAGUCAAUCUAUGCUGAGACGCUCCAAACAUUCCCUAAAUGAAGUCUCAAUGGAGUCAGCAAUUGGUCUGAUUAACCAAGCCAUCUCCCUGAAUGUCAACAUUGCAGAAGUCUACGUGGACACUGUAGGUCCUCCGGAAACCUACCAAGCCAAACUAUCACGCCUCUUCCCCAACAUCUCCAUCACUGUGGCCAAGAAGGCUGACUCCACCUAUCCCAUUGUCUCAGCUGCCAGUAUCUGUGCCAAAGUCGUCCGGGAUGCAGCUCUCCGGACAUGGAAGUUCAACGAAGUGGCCCCUGAAAAGCCCUUCGGCAGCGGCUACCCAGGAGAUCCACUCACAAAAGCCUUCCUGGAAGACAAUGUGGACAACAUCUUUGGUUAUCCGAGGAUUGUGCGCUUCAGCUGGGCUACAGCUGAGCAAGCUUUGGAGAAAACUGCCCAGAAGAUUACCUUUGAGGAUGCCGAUGAUGAUUCCCAGAAAUAUUCUGGACCUCAAAUUACCAGUUUCUUCAGAGCAACCGAAAAGACACGCAACAGAUGCGGAUUCUUCCGAAAUAGACAUCUGCAGAAUGUGCAGGACUUUUGAAAAUUCUCCCUGAUUUCAGGAAAUCCAUUAGGAUUUUUCCGAUUUCAACUGUCUUUUUUUUUUAAAUAAAGAAUCUUAACAAAAAAAA